UCUGGGCGUCAUAUGGAGUGGCAGGACCGGUAUUCCUGCCGCCGCAUGUUAGAAUAUCAGGCCGGCUACUCAGCUCUAUUGUGCAGAAGAACCUGUUCCUCGGUCCAGCGUUGUUCUGCUUUCACUGGCUGUAUUCUCUUCCCAGCGCCAACAUCUUCAGUGUGGGCACUCGGCUGUGACAGCUUGCCGGGUGCCCACUGCGCAUGUGCAAGAAGUGAUGCGCUUUGUGAAUGGCCACGUGUAGUCUACUGGGACCUGCCACUUGUCCCACAAGGCUACGGGGAGGAUAACUCCGCAGAAGUGGGAGGGGGUACCUGCCAAAUUUGGGUUCCCGCCCCCCCUGCUUCCCAAAGGUCCUCUGUCUCUGGUCAUCUCCUGUACUGAGUCCACAGUCUCUGGUCAUAUCCUGUACUAUGUCCGCAGUCUCUGGUCAUCUCCUGUACUAUGUCCGCAGUCUCUGGUCAUCUCUUUUACUAUGUCCGCAGUCUCUGGUCAUCUCCUGUACUGUGUCCGCAGUCUCUGGUCAUCUCCUGUACUGUGUCCGCAGUCUCUGAUCAUCUCCUGUACUGUGUCCGCAGUCUCUGGUCAUCUCCUGUACUGUGUCCGCAGUCUCUGGUCAUCUCCUGUACUGUGUCCACAGUCUCUGGUCAUCUCCUGUACUGUGUCCGCAGUCUCUGGUCAUCUCCUGUACUGUGUCCGCAGUCUUUGGUC